CCCUCAAAGCGGCGGAGGCGACAGGUGCGGCCGGGCCUGGCCAAGUGCCGCCCCUCAGCCGCCGGGCCUGGCCGAGUGCCGCCGCUCGCCCGCCGGGUCCGGCAGCGACCGCAGUCCGCUCCGGUCCCGUCCCAUCUCAUCCCAACCCGGUCCCGCUCGGUCCUGGCGAUCCCUCCCCCGAAGCGUCACCGGCCCGGCUCCUCCUAUGCGCGGGGCGGGGGAUCCGCCGUCCACCCGCCUCCUCCUGUGCCUCUUCCUCCGGCGGCAGCGGCGCGGGCGGUAGCGGCGGCGGCAGCUCUGCAUAGCGCUAUGGCGGGGAACGGCGAGCGCACCUUCAUCGCCAUCAAGCCCGACGGCGUCCAGCGCGGGCUGGUCGGGGAGAUCAUCAAGCGCUUCGAGCAGAAAGGAUUCCGGCUCGUGGCCAUGAAGUUCGUGCACGCCUCUGAAGACCUUCUCAAACAACAUUACAUUGACCUGAAAGACCGCCCCUUCUUCCCUGGUUUGGUUAAAUACAUGAACUCUGGACCUAUUGUGGCCAUGGUAUGGGAAGGACUCAACGUGGUUAAAACUGGGAGAGUAAUGCUGGGGGAAACCAAUCCUGCAGACUCCAAGCCUGGCACCAUCCGUGGUGACUUCUGCAUUCAAGUGGGAAGGAACAUCAUCCAUGGCAGUGACUCAGUGGAGAGUGCACAGAAAGAGAUCAACCUGUGGUUCAAACCCACAGAGCUCAUCGACUUCAAGCCCUGUGCACAUGACUGGAUCUAUGAGUGAUGGGUUCCCACAGGGAUUUGUGCCUUCUAACACCUCAUCUCAUUCCAGCUGCUGCCCUGGGAGCAAACACAGUUAUUUUAUUGCUAAAACUGACUGUCAAAUAAAUGGGUGUGAACUAA